AUGGCAUCAUUAUUUAAAUAAUGGAAAUUUUAGUUUACAAACCCAACUCAUGAAGCAGGCUAUUAGGAUUUUCUUAAUAGUUAAAGGCUCUUUUUUUUAAGAGCAUUAUUAUUCACAAUAAUGCUCUCCUGCUUUUUUGCAAUGCUUGUGUUUAUUGUUUAAAAUUAAUCGGCUUAUUUAGUUAGUUUAAUGGCAGUUUUAUUCAUUUUGCAUAUGGUAUUUUUAUUCUUUAGCUACAAACUAAUUUAUUGUUUAAAGUUUAUUAUGACGAUCUUAUAUGCUUCCUAUAUAUCAGCUGCUUUUUCGUUAGCCUAUAUUGGAUUUAAUGUGUAAGAAAGUAUUUAUUUUAGACCUCUUUUUGAUUUUGGGCUUGCUUGCGGCAUUUUGUUCAGCUGUGCCAUAUAAUAUUGCGACAAUAAGUUCAAAGUAAUAUUUUUAUUUAUCGCUAAUUGGAUGGCUUUAGUAUUAUUUGUUCAGUUUGAACUUGCUUGA